AUGGACCUGGAGCGAAUCAAACAAAGCCUGCGCCUUCGGUCCGGUCGAUCCAAGAAACCUCGCAAGCAACCGACCGCCGAGCUGUCAAGCACAGCUGCUCGUCCUAGCCAGCCGGCCCAGAAGACCAUUGCCAAUGGUGAAGUGAAGCCGCCUCCUAGGGUGAUCACCAAAGCCAGGCCAAGUCCUCGUUCAGAGUUGCCCGUGGGCCCCAAGCCCAAGCAAGCGACUGAGAUUGCUGGAGCACCAAAGCUCCGACAACGAGACAGCCCAGUGUAUCGACCACAACUUCCACACGCAUCGACUGACGUGGAUGCGAAAGUACCUACCGCAGUUCCCCGUCCUCGCGAAGAAUGUCCUCCAAGGGAUCCUGGACAAGAGCCGGGCUUGGAUCCGGCCCCUCUACUACGCACCACGUCUGAGGGAGAUCCUGGGUUCAUCCGAAACUCCGAGUCCUCCUCUGUUCUGGAUUUCGACCUGCACCCUCCGCCUCCGCCCUCCAGACCUAGGCCACCCUCAGUCGAAACGCUUUCGGAGUCGCUCUUCUCUUCAGGUCAUCUCAACACCCUGCUCCGUGAUCCACAGUACCUCGCCCGCUUCACUACCUUUCUGACACGGUAUCGACCGCAGUAUCAUCCUGUGCUCCUACGAUAUCUCGACACGCAGAAGGCCAUCAAGGCCAUUGAGUAUGCGAACGCUGUUGCUGAGGGACUAUUUCCGUCUUCUGACAAUGGAGACGAUUCGAAUGGCGAGGUUUCCAUUGCAGCAACCCUUGAUCGGGCUUUUGAGCAAUUGAGCAAUGCUGCCUUUCGCCUUAUGGUCGACUCUGCCCUUCCAAUGUACGUGACGUACAACCUGGUAAAACUGGUUACCGAGUGUCUCAUAGACGAGAUUACCGGCAGUCGAACUUCGUCUACAAGGGAUUUAGUAGGAGGCUUAUCUGAAGUCUUUUGUCUCACGGAUCCGAAACAGGAGGAUAAUCCAAUCAUUUUUGCGAGUGACGAGUUUUACCGCCAAACUGGAUAUGGUCGUGACGAUGUCAUUGGGCGGAAUUGUCGAUUCCUUCAGGGCUCCAAAACCAACAGAGAGUCGAUCGCGAGACUCAAAGAUAGUAUUGCGAGAGGCGAAGAUAUAUGUGAGACCUUACUGAACUACCGGAGAGAUGGCAGAGCUUUCAUAAAUCUACUGAUGAUAGCCCCGCUUCACGAUGACAAGGGUAAUGUCAAAUAUCACAUUGGAGCUCAGGUUGAUGUCACAGGAAUGUUCGAACGGGGAAAGGGAUUCGAAGGGUUGAAACGGUAUCUGACCACACGGGAGAUGGAGAGACGUGAGAGGGAAGUCCGCGGCAAUGGAAUUGGAAGAGACAACCAAGAUUUACAAAAACCAAAGGCACUGGCGAAACUGCGCGACCUAAGCGAGAUGUUCGAUCUAGAGGAAUCCGUCGUGGUGCGUUCGAAUGGGAGAUCGACAUCGACAUCGAGAGAAGAUGACGAACGCAGCGUUACAAGCAGUCGUAAGGUUCCUCGACGAGUAUUCGAUGACGCCGAUGCGAACUCCGAGGAUGGCAGCGAAGAGUCUGCUGAAGAUGCGGACAAGGCUUGGGAUCUUGGACAGUCGGGGCGAUCUGGAUUAUCAGGAAAGUUACCAGGCGUCUACGACAGCUAUAUUCUGGUCAGACCCGCGCCUUCGCUCCGAAUUGUCUUUGUAUCCUCUGUCCUACGUCGACGUGUGGGCAACAUCACCCAGCAUCCCUUCCUAUCACAUGUUGCUGCCCCCACAAAUACGCUGAAAGGGCUCAAGGAGAGCUUCAGUGUUGGUGUCCCAGUCUCGGCGAAGAUCAACUUACUGCUCGAAGCGGGAAACCAACCACAUGGCACAGCAACUCGCAGUGGAGGCAAACUCCAGGAUGCAGGGCAAGGCAGAGUCUGCUGGAUCUCUGCAACACCGUUGCUCGGAGGUGACGACAAAAUCGGUGUCUGGAUGAUUGUGAUUGUCGAGAAUGCCAAAGUACCAAAAAUCACCAGUCGUGAACCCUUGCUGGAUGCUGCAGAGGAUCAGGCUUCAAAACAAUCUAGGUCUGGCGAAUUAGCACAGACUGAUGCCUCGACCAAGAUUGACUCACAGGAACCCAAUGGGCCUGCCCCAUUUGAUCCGUCGAAGACCGGUACAGAAAGUGCAGAUGUUCCGACUGUGCCGAAAACCCUUGACAGCACGCCCGAAGACGGUCAAAACGCUCCAUCACCCCCACCCCCAGCCAAAGACGACAACGUCAAAGAAGAGAUAUUUCAAGAGCGAGACAGUCAGCCGAUUCCAACUGAGGACGGAACGCUUGUUGGAGUAGAAGAAGAGAAACCCACGCUGAACCACGCAAGCACUGAUGAGCCUGAGCACCUCAAUGAUGACAAGAACGGUUUUGUCCGCACAAAUGGUGCGCUCUCCAGCUCGCCCAGCCCACCAAGGACCUAUGCUCACGUAAAUGGCCUUGGGGAGCCCAAGACGCCGACAGCAACGGAAUUGAACAAUGCCCUCGAACGCGCUGCGUCAGGAACAAAUGUGACCAAAACCUGGGCAAUACCUCUAUCACCGGCAGACAACCAUUUCACGGGCGGGCUCAAUGGGCACCAUGGAUUUUCCGAUGACGAGAAGACACCCGUCAAUUUUCGAAAGACUGGGUUUGGGGAUCACACGCCUUCUCCCUCGCGGCCAGGAACCAGUGGUGUGGAUUCUUCGACCGCAAAAUCCAAUAGCAAGCAUUACAUGGACUACCUGCUCCACCCUGGAAGUCGCCCAUCUUCUGAAUAUAACCGUACAUUAUCAGGAAGUUUCAUGUCCGCCAAGUACAACGCAGAUGACGAGCCUCAAGAAGAGGUGGAUGACUUUAACGACUCCGAGUGUGCUAGGACACCGUAUAGCGUGGAUUGA